ACUUUUUGUACACAAUCCCGUGGUCGUCACAUGACAGGUGUUUACCUAAGAAUCAAAAUGGCGGCGGCUCCAAGUGAGGGACUCACCAAUCCAGAGGCUAUUUACUACGAUGUGGAUCCAAAACAGGUUUUUGCAGUCCGGCUGUUUGGAGCUGUUACAGGUGUCAAUAUUCUGUUGGCAGUCAUCUUUGUCUUGGUGAAAGCACAUGAGAAUCCACACUUCUAUCUACUGGUUGUCAACUUGGCUUUGAGCACCUUGAUUGCAAUACUCUUGGCAUGGUGGUAUCGCAGAGGGCAGUUGAGUGCAGACAAGCACUGGUACAUGGCGCUGGUGUGUGCAGUUAUCCUCCUGCAGGCCAUCACGGCUGACUUGUAUGUUUUUAACCACGUGGUCGUGGCCAGCAAGCACAGCGUGUUCCCUGCUACCAAUGUCAGCACAAGUACAGCUCCUACUAUAAAACCUCCCGGGUAAUUACAGUUAAACAACAAACACAAAGUUAGUGGGUAACUAGAUCAUGAAAGAUCAAAACCAAAAGUUCUGCUGCAGUACC